UACGGCUGUGUGUCUCAUCCAGAGUUAAAGAACACGUUAAAGAAGCCAAAGUCAGCAGAAGGAGCUGAAAUAAGAUGCCGGUUUUACAGAGAAAAGAAACAGUGCGGUCCAAACAGAGAUUGAAAACUCGACCCUCUUUAAAAUCACCUGCUGGAAAGGCAUCCAGAGUCUCCAGCAAAAAGAAGGAGGAUGAGGUGAGAACAGAUACUGGAGACGGAGAGGAAGGGAUGUCUCCGGUCAAACCUCCAGACCAACUGGGCCUGACUGAGGAGGAGCUGAAUGAGGAUAUCACAUUAAUGCUGACAGCAAAAAACCCACAUGCUCCACAGAAUAUCGUCAGAUUCAACUUCAUGGAGGGUUCCUAUAAGCCAGUCAGCAGCGUGGAUCAGUUUAUUGUCGACUUUGCGCUGGGAGGGAACCUUCUGCACAAGGAUUCUGAUGAGGCUCGAAGGCAAAGCGCUCGUGAAGGCGUUGCAGAGGAAAAAGAGCCUGAAACCUCCGAAGCAGAAAAGGAGGACAAACCGGAGACUCCGGCAGACGGAGUUAAGGAUGGAGACGAGACAAAAGACGACGCUGAAGAGGAGAGAACGGAAAGCGUGGACGUCCAAGUGAGGGAGAAAGAGCGCAAAGUCACCAACCAGUUCAACUUCUGCGAAAGAGGAUCACAGACGUUUAACAACCUUCAAAAAGAAAGAGGCUGCCAACCUGAACCUCCUCCUCGUACCACCUUCUCCGCAAUGGUUAAUCAGUGGGAGAUCUAUGACGCUUAUAUGGAGGAGCUCAAGAAGCAGGAGAAGGAGAAGAGUAAAGAGAAACAGAAGACCAUUUCAGCUAAGAAGGAGGAAGACGAAAAGGACGAGAGGGCAGUGUUAGUGGAGAGUCCGAGUGAUGAUCUAACCAGAGUGGCAAAGGCGGCCAAGAUUAUCGAGCGCAUGGUGACUCAGAACACCUUUGAUGACAUCGCACAGGAGUUUAAAUACUUUGAGGAUCCAUCAGACGAGUUCCGAGUACGGGAGGGCACGCUUCUGCCGUUGUGGAAGUUCCAGCAUGACAAAAUGAAACAUCUUUCAGUCACCACACUCUGCUGGAAUCCGAAAAACAAAGACCUGUUUGGUAUAGGACUCGGGUCAUAUAAGUUCAUCAAGCACGGUCAAGGCAUGUUACUCUUCUACUCCCUGAAGAACUGCACCCACCCAGACUACAGUUUCCAAACUAAAUCUGGCGUCAUGUCUCUGGACAUCCACAUAGAGCUGUCCUACCUGGUGGCGGUAGGGUUCUACGAUGGUAGCGUUGCAGUGUAUGACCUGAAGUAUGAUGGACCUCAGCCUAUUUAUAAGAGCACAGCCAAGACGGGCAAGCACUUAGAGCCGGUGUGGCAGGUAAAGUGGCAGAAAGAUGACCUUGACAAGAAUCAUAAUUUCUUCUCGGUCUCCUCUGAUGGACGUGUGGUAUCAUGGACUCUUGUGAAGAACGAGCUGCUGUUCACAGACAUUAUAACACUAUCUAUAGAAGCAGCCGUUUCUGAAGGAGGAGACGACAUGAAGAUGUCUGACAUGGACUGCGGAAUGUCUUUCGAUUUCCAUAAACAGCUCGACUACCUUUUCCUCGUUGGCACUGAAGAAGGCAAAAUCCACAAGUGCUCCAAAUCCUACUCUAGCCAGUACCUGGAGACGUACACUGCACACUGCCUGCCUGUCGAGGCCGUGAGGUGGAACCACUUCCAUCCGAAAGUGUUCAUUUCCUGUAGCUCGGAUUGGACUGUGAAGAUAUGGGACCACACUGUCACGAGCCCAAUGUUCACAUUUGACCUGAACGCAGGUGUGAGCGAUGUGGCCUGGUCCCCGUACUCCUCCACGGUGUUCGCUGCCGUCACCAUUGACGGAAAGGUGCAUGUGUUUGACCUGAGUAUCAACAAAUAUGAAGCCAUCUGCCAGCAGACUGUGGUGUCGAAGAAGACCAAGCCAACUUGCGUCCAGUUUAACCCCGUAGACCCCAUCAUCAUUGUGGGAAACGACCAAGGCAAGGUCACCUGCCUGAAGCUCUCGCCCAACCUCCGCAAGAAGCCAAAGGAGAAGAAGGGUCAGGAAUUGUCAAAAGGGCCAGAAGUGGAGAUAGCAAAGUUGGAGAAGCUGUUGAGUCCACUGAGGAACCCUGAGCGUCCUGCAAAGGAGGAGUAAUCUAACAUCUCAAGUGCUCUGUACAUACAGGGAGCAGGAAGCAGACACAGGAAGGUUUAGUGUUAUUUCUGGCUUGCCGCUAUAUAAAUAUUGUAAAGACGGCGGGCUGGCGGUCGGGUUCUCCCUAUCCGCAGGCGCUCCUUGCCACAGGCUCACCUCACGAAAGAAGACAAAACCCACCAGUUUUGCACUUCACACCUGUGGUCCGUGUGUCUGUGUUACUCCUUGCCACUAGAGGGCGCUACAAUAUGUAACGAAUAAAACACAACGGGACAUGUUAAAUGGAAAAUAAUAACAGGGUAGCUCGAUGCACCCUGACAAAAUGCAGUUAUUGUUACUACCCGAAGUUGAUUUUUUUUUUUGUCACU